AUGAAGUCUGCUAGCAGGCUGUUUUACCUCUCCGUGUUUGCUCUAUGGGCUGCACCGGGUUCUUGCGAGAGUUCAAAUGAUGAAUGCCAUAUCUCACCAAAGUCCAUCGUUGGCGACGCCUGCGCUUCCUAUUCCACCCUCGACAAACUGAACCUCCACACCAAACCCGCCAUCGACGACCUCACCCAAAACACCGACUUUUUCUCCCACUACCGAGUCAACCUCUUCCACAAGAAAUGUCCCUUCUGGGAUGACGAGAAUGGCAUGUGCGGCAACAUCGGCUGCGCCGUCGAAACUCUGGACAACGAAGAAGACAUCCCCGAGAUCUGGCGCGCCCACGCCCUAGGCAAACUCGAAGGCCCUCGUGCUAAGCACCCCGGCAAAAAAGCCCAGCGCCAGCACCCCCAGCGACCCCUCGGUGGUCUUUUGGGUGAAAACGUCGGCGAGAGCUGUGUCUUUGAGUACGAUGACGAAUGCGACGAGCGAGACUACUGUGUCCCUGAGGACGAAAGCGCUAGCUCAAAGGGCGAUUACGUGAGCUUGGUCCGAAACCCCGAACGAUUCACUGGAUACGCUGGCGACGGCGCCAAGCAGGUCUGGGACGCCGUCUACCGGGAAAACUGCUUCCAGAAGAGUUCGUUCCCCAAGUCUGCCGAUCUCGGUCAGUCUGGAUGGCAGCACGGUCCUGCUGCUCAAGACUUUAAACAGAUCCUCGAUGCGGCUGGUCGCCAGGCCCAGCUUGAGGAGCGGCGCCAGGAGAACCCCAACACACCGUUUGUCGCAAACACUGGCUUCGAGGUUGAGGAUGAGUGUCUUGAGAAGCGUGUGUUUUACCGUGUCAUGUCGGGAAUGCACGCCAGCAUCAGCACCCAUCUGUGCUGGGAGUUCCUCAACCAGACUACCGGACAGUGGUCGCCCAACCUGAGCUGCUACGAACAUCGUCUGCACAAGUUCCCCGAUCGUAUUGGAAACGUCUACUUUAACUAUGCACUCAUGACCCGCGCCAUCGCCAAGCUUAGCCCGUACCUCCAGAAGGAGGAGUACAAGUUUUGUCUGGGUGAUCCCUCCGAAGACGCUGCCACACGCGCAAAGGUCCUUGAAGUCACUGAGAAAGCCGCUAGUGUUCCUCAAAUCUUUGACGAGAGUCUCAUGUUUGUUAACGGCGAGGGCCCGUCUCUGAAGGAGGAUUUCCGCAAUCGCUUCCGUAACGUUAGUCGUCUUAUGGACUGUGUUGGCUGCGACAAGUGCCGUCUCUGGGGCAAGCUUCAAACCGCUGGUUACGGAACAGCUCUCAAGAUCCUUUUCGAACUGGAUAACAACAACGAGGACGUCCCUCAUCUCCAGCGCACUGAGAUUGUCGCUCUUUUCAACACGUACGCUCGUAUCAGCAGCUCUCUCCACAAUAUUGGCGAGUUCCGUAAAAUGAUGGAAGCCAAGGUUGAGAACGAAAAGGUCGCAAAAGAGUUCGACGAGGCCACUGAAACGGACAGACUGCGCGCAAAGCUUGAAGCCGAGGCUGCGGAGAAUGACCAGAUUGACGAUGCCAUGAGGGAGUUUAUCGAGCUACGUGCCAAGGGCCCCGAGGAGGAGUCCAUGAUGGGUCACCUUGAACAUGAAUUCGCUCAGUUCAAGGCUGUUUUGCGCAUCAUUCUCAACGGCUGGAUGCGCACCCCCAAAACACUAUGGGCCAUUUUUAAAUACGAAACUUGGCGUCUUUUCCGCCUCUGGGUCGGUCUUCCUGUUGGUCCACGAGUGUGGUCGUUUGGACUCCCCAACGUUGACCUGGGCAAGGAUGAGCUGUGA